GGGGCAGGCAGGAGCACAGCCCCUUUCUGCCCGACUUGUAGCAAUGGGCUACUGAGUGACCUCCCACUCGCCCAACUCAAGGACAGUGCCAACAGCCGGGGCGGGUAGCGCCGGCAGACAAAGAAAGAUGUUUGCAUGGCAAAGAGAUGGAGACGACUGGUGGAAAGUUAAACCCAAAUACUCUUCUAAAGUUCUCGUUGGAAACUGGCUGGAAGAGAGGGAACGGCUGAGGCAGGAAAGAAGCCUGGGAGCAGGAACAGAGUGGUUCAGCACCAAUGCUCUGGAGUUUAUAAAAGGCACCGGGAAGCUGGGCAGCAGCAUAUACAAAACAGACUUCAUUUGGUUUCCGGAUCAGAAACCAGACCAAGUGCUAAGGGGGAUCAUGGUAGAAAAACACCAGGGCCUGCCCAUGCAGCAUUUCUUCACCCAUCACGAGGAGCCAAGAAGCCGGAAUUUAGUGUCAGAGUAUGACGAUAAAUACAACAGACACGGUUACAACCCUGAGCUGCCUCCCAUCCGCACCUGGAGUGGACGCAAGUUUUCCUGGAUUCCUCAGAAAUCAGAUUUCCCCAUUCUUGAACCACCCACCAACUACGGCCUUUAUGAGUACCUGAGGAAAAAAUGGCACGAGGAAGAAGCUGGCGUGAUGAACAGUGUCUACACCGUUUCCUAUGGACUCCCACUGAUCUCUUCUUGGGAGAAGUGUCAACUGCAAGAACCAGCUAAAAUUCAUUACCUCCCUCCCAGCCAGGGAUACCUCCAAACUGUUCACAGAAUCCUGGGCUACGAAGGGGGUCAGAAAUACUUGGAAGCCAUCGUACUGCUGAGAGACAGAAAAGCAAGGGAGGCCUCUGUGUAAACUGCUUAGGGGGAUCUUAAGUAUUACUUAAUAUAGCUUGUCACUCGCGUACGUGAGGGUGAUCUGUUCCGUGCAGAAGGAAUGAGAAUUAGGUUAUCCAGGCAGAGGACUCUCUACUUGUUAGAACAAGCUGCUGGGUUAACAUCCUGACCUGCAGAUGGCUGGGAAUAUUUCAGAAGCUGAAAUUUCAGAAUACUCAUUAAAUCACUGAAAACAAAA